ACUGGUGGUUGAGUGAGGGUAUCAUCGGAUCGGGGAUUUCCUGACGAGACGAGAUGGACAGACCAGUGAGCACAAUAAUCCGCCGAGCAACAACCACCACUUUAACCACAAGAAUCCAGACAAGACCGACCAACAAAACCAAGGGCCAAUUUAACCGAGCGAGCAGGAGCUACUCUACGACCGGACGAACGACGCCGAUCCGAGUGGCGAUCUGUGGCGGCGGACCGGCAGGAUUCUAUGCGGCCAAAGCGCUCCUCAGCCAGCAAUCCUUAAUCCCUACACGCCCGAUAUCAAUCGACCUCUUCGAAGCCCUGCCGACGCCUUAUGGACUCAGUAGAUAUGGCGUUGCCCCCGAUCAUCCUGAAGUUAAAAAUUGUGAACACAAGUUCGACCAAGUAGGCCGGCAUCCCCAGUUCCGAUAUUUCGGGAACACGAUCGUGCUUGGGGACCAGCAAGAGGGGCCAUCAUGGGGCCAAGCGUCGGUCCGAUUAAGCACCCUUCGCGCGCAGUACGAUCUUGUUUUGUUGGCCUAUGGGGCGGGCGAGGAGCGAAGCUUGGGCGGCCUUGAAGGCGAGGACAGUUUGGCGAACAUCCUCAGCGCACGGACGAUUGUGGGCUGGUACAAUGGAUAUCCUUCAAGUCCUAUAACAAAUCCAACAAUCACCCACAAGAAAUUUGGUGUAGAUUUGAGCAAGAUAGAUACAGUGACGAUCAUCGGGAUGGGAAAUGUGUCCUUAGACAUAGCCCGGAUCUUACUGAGCGAAGUGGAUGUGCUACGACGGACGGACAUAAGCGACGAGGCGUUAUCCGAGCUCGCCCGGAGCCGGGUGAGGCAUGUGGAGAUCGUCGGCCGGCGCGGCCCGCUGCAGACGGCCUUCACCACCCGCGAGCUCCGCGAACUCGUCCGACUGCCCGACCUCGCCAUGCGCAUCGACUCGCCUCCGCUCGUCGAGGCUGCCGCCCGGAUCGCAGAGCCCGGCGCGCUCGCUCGGAUGCCCAACGGCCGGCUCACCAAACGUCUACUCGAGGUCAUGCUCGCCGCGGCCAAACAACCUCCCUCCUCUUCUUCCGCCGCCACUCGCACAUGCUCUCUUCGGUUCCUUCAAAGCCCAAUCGCCUUCCAUGGCGCUCCUCCUCCUCCUCCUCCAUCUUCUUCUUCUGACGAUGAUAAUGAGUCAACGAGUGUUCCACAAAAGGUAGGCAGCGUCCAAUGGGCCCUCAACCGGCUCGAAUACCCGACCGACUCUCGAAGUCUCUCUCCGCUCGACUAUUCCGCCAUCAAGGCCCGGGCCUAUCAUGCCCCUCGUCACCCACUCCUCGCCCACGGACCUAGUCCUCAAAAGCCUCGGCUCCGUCCCUCUUCUGUUCCCCCCUCUCUCUCCCGAUCCUUCCCAUAGUCGCGCUCGAAAUGUCGCCGGUAGAGUGGUGGGAGCAGAUAAUCAAAUCAUUCCAGGACUGUAUGUGACCGGCUGGUUAUCGACGGGCUCGAAAGGGGUGAUUGGCGACACGAUGAGCGGGUCGACGACAGUGAGCCAGACGAUGAUCUCCGACAUCCUAUCCUCAUCUGCUUCCAUCCCAACCAGAUCCGGGGUGGAGUCGGUAGCCGGGGAAGACUUCCAGCCGACAUUGGAGGGGAAAGAGUUUGGUGUGGAUUGGCAGAGAUGGAGGCUGAUCGACGAGUUCGAACGCGAGCGGGGACGCGCGACGGAUAGACCUCGCGUCAAAUGCUCCGACUUGCAACAGAUGUUGGCCGUGGCUGGGGUCCUUUGAAAUCCUCUCUCUUUCGUCCAUCUCUCCUUUAACUCAAUCUUCCCUCCCCUCCCCCUUUCUUUCUUUCUUUCUUAUGUUACAUGGUUGUUUAUCUCUCUUUUUCUUGGUCAGUGUGUGUGUGUGGUCUAAUACUUCUUGACAUACCUUUGGAAAAAAAACAAACAGUUAAUGUGAAUUCAGAUGGUGAUGACAUGACUAUGGAUAAUAGUCAUGUUUGGCAAGUCUUGUUAAUCAAGAUCCUGCUUGGAUUCAUCUCUGAUGUUUCUCCUGAUCUAAAUAUCCAUUCUUGUGCAACAUAUAUACAUCUUUAUGACGGAGGCACUCAUGUAUGAUCUCUAUUCCUACAUCCUACAUAAUUCUUUCUUGAUGAUGAUCAUGAUCAGUCUUAUUGUACUGCUAUAAUCUGCUCUUUUUUUGCAUUGGAUUUUGAUUGAAGUUUGUAUUAUCUGCUCAGUGCCAAUACACGUGGCCUUCACUCAGAAAGAGCCUUGAUGAUGAGCUCAUAGUGAUCUUGUAUCUAUGUUGUAGUAUCCUAGAUUCCUACACUACGGGGGCA